UCAGCAUGCAUGAAUUCUGGGAAGGAGGCUAGUGGCAGAUAUAAGAGAGGGAGAGAGGAGGUGAGGGAACGAGAACGAGAGAGGAAGAGGAGGAGGAGGAGGCAGCACACUGUAGCAUAUUGCUGGGUGGUGAACAUGGAGUGAGCGUGGACGCAGCAGGAUCAUAACAAGAGGAGGACGGGAUACAAUGAGGACACAGCUUGCUUUUCAUGCCUGAUCAAUAAAAGGUGCAUUAGUUGGGAGUCUGAGCCUCACAAUACAUGACUUAAUUAGCAGCAUUGCUUUGCAGCAGCAGCUCCUGUGAGUUUGAAAUCCACCACAGGCAUUGAAAACAUGAAGACAAAGUUACUCUGGUGAACUGGACUCUGACAUUUGGGCUCAAGGAAACAAGGCAUCUUGCAGCAGGACUGAACAGAUAAUCAGAUGGACGUAAUGGUGUGGAAACGCUGCCGCUCUCGCGAAUCAUCGGACUUUUGAGUCAGUCAGGCACGUAAUGGGGAGGCGAGCGGCUGACGUAACGACCCCGGUUCCCGUUCUGGGCGUCCCUGCCCUGGUCGGAGUGCACGCUUGGAAGGCAACAGGAGGAGACAGAAGCGGAGGAGCCCUGCUGCACACGUGGGGGCUUCAUUGCAGCAUUGGUGUUCAGACGUCCCCGGGGAUAAGCAGACCCCCCGCGCAGCUAAGUGAUACGCCAUCCUCUCCGUCAGAGAGCAUUACUCCAACCUCCAGCGGCUACGUGAGCAGGGAAACGGAGUACGGCCAGAUAUUACUGCUAACCAACACUGACAGGGACAAAAGGGCUCCUCUGAAAGCGAAAAGUGGCGAGUCCAGAAGCAAAAAGGAGGUGACGUUCAAAGCGCUGGGAGGUGAGGCCCCUGUGGAUGUGGCCUGCAGUCGGAGGAGCAUCAGUGGGACCUUCUGCUACGCCAGGGCAAUCAAGACCAACCCACAUGUCGCUGGGAGCGGAAAGAAUGCCCGACCCAGAUUAAAAGCGUACAUCAACGGCAGCGUGGUCGACUCGGAGGCCAUCGGCGGCAUCAGCGUCGACGACGGCGAAGCCGAGCCGGCGAAGGGUCCGACCUUUGGCGGCGGGAGCCGCGUCGGGCAGCGAGGUCAUGACGCCCGGCCUCUCGUGGUGCCGCAGGUACCGUGCGGCCACUGCGGCGGCAGACAGACCGUGGUCGGAAGCCCCUGCGCGGACGCUAGCUUGCACGUCGACGGAAACAGGACCCUCGAGCGCCGGAACGAGGACGCCGGCUUCAGGAAGCACCCGGGCGGCCCGGUGCCCUGUAGAGGACCCGCGGCCGCCUCCUCGGGCCCACGUGCUGCUGGUGAAGCGCCACCCGUCCAGCCCGCUGCCCUCCCCCCCAAAUGGGUCACAGUCACCAGAGCCACCAUCGAAACCACGCAAGCCGCCGCCGGCAUGAGGCUGUUCGCGGGCGGUAAGAUCCCUCGACCCACAAGCCUCACGCUGACUCCACAGACGCCCACAGCCGCCAGGCCCAACGGGCCACAGUCACUCACGUUGCCCCUUAGGGCGUCCUCACUACAAAGCUCGUACUCGCCCAGAAACGCAAGGAGUGAAGGGAAAACUGGAGUGACAGCUCAACAUGAAAGGAUGCACACGAUGUACAGAAGCCAAGUGAACAUAUUGCCCAAUGGAACGAGUUUGAAAUGCCCCACAUCCUGUGAAGAGGCCGAAGCCUCAGACCCCACUCACGCAUCAGAAGCUACUACACAAGCGUCACCUGCUGGUCCACAAGUGAAGCUGUCCUCAAAAGUCAAGGUUUCCCCAAGCGGGUUCCCGACAUUCGCCAUCAAAACACCUCAACACACGAGUUCGCCCCAACUCAGCGCCACGGCUCCUCAAAGCACUUUGAAUCCUCCCGCUUCGUCACUGCACGCCAGCAUCCCACGUGAUGCUAAAUCGGACGCUCAGAUUCGCCAAAUUCAGCCGCACUCCUCACUUUCCGACCCUUCCCUCCACGUGACCGCAGCAGCUGUUAUCGCGGCGCCCACUUCAACCACGGCCCCAAACUCUAGAGCUAAGUUGCCCGCGAUUACCCCCCUCUCCUCCACAUCUGCAUGUUCCAGCGCUGCCUAUGGCUCCUCCACAGGUCUGAAGAGUGAACCAGCCACUGUCCGCUCCUCGCCAGCAGCCCCGACAGGCAACCAAACUGAUGCCUGCGGAUCAAGGGCGGCUUCGCUUCAGUCGGCAGAAACGCGGCAGCGAGUGCUCGGCCGCAAUGCACGGGACGUCAGGGUUGAAUCUGGUGUUUACAAUGAGGUGAGAAACUCCAACGCAUCGUCAAAAAUCCACGACGCGAGGGCCCAUGGCCUAAAGUCAAAAUUUCCUCCCGAUGCUGAAUCAGAUACUGAUAAAAGCAAAUGUAAUGGUAAUCUAAUCAAUGAAUUAGUUGUGUAUGAGCCACAAGACCGUGGAAAUUCAAAUCUAUCACAGGUCACUAACCUUCAGAAUUACAUUUCCCUAAUGAAGUCAGGCAGCUCGUGUCUACGGGGUUGCAUAAACACAGAACAACAAAGGCAAGCACAUUAUCAAGGAUACACAGAAAUGGAACGCGAGGGACACUGUGGUCCGUGCCCACCAGUGAAAACAGCCCAGGAGACCGAGUUAAAAACAGCACAGUUCGCCUCGGGUAAAUCAGCCCGACAUGCAAAUAUUAAGCUUAAAUCCGAUGCAGAUAAACAGACGCAUCCCAAUUACUCAUCACCCUCCACCGUAGCGCGGACGAACUGCACGAAGUCGUCGCCAGCCGACGCUAACGUGCACGUUGACGCCGCCGCCCACUGUGAUUCCAACGCACCGCCAGCACCGAUCCAACGCCUCAGAGCACCUUCCACUCGCACAGGCCCAGAAUGUAGGCCCACGCCCGUCGCCCGGGCGCGCUCGGAGCUCGGCCCCGCCCCCCCGUGGCUUCCGGCUCACUCCCACCCAGCUGGUGCGGCCCUGCUGCUGCCUCCCUCCCCGCAGUGCUGCAGAUCAGCGGCCCUGCACCAGAGGCUGGAGACGGUGGAGGCCAGCCUGGCGGCCAACAAGGCCAGGAUCACUACUCUGCUGAACAUCAUCCACGACCUGGAGACGUGCCACGCUCCCGCCAGCGGUCGACGAGGCUGCGAAACGGGACAGGACCUCAAGAACUGCUCCACCUGCCAGAAGACGGCGUGCAUCGUCUACAGCGUGGAGUAUGACUUCAGGCAGCAGGAGAGGCGCUUCCUGGAGGUCCUGAACCAAGCGAGAGGAGCCGACGCCUACCCCGCCCACCUGCCCCCCCCGCUGAGCGCCGGCCUGCUCCGGACCCUCGUCAGGAACGUGACCAAGUCCAAAGGCAGGAGCAAAAAGCUGUGCAAGGCCCUGUUCCGGUGGCUGCCCAGGAAAAUCCAGCAACAAUAAUAAUAAAAUAAUCCGCCUCAACAAUAGGUCUUUGUGUUCCAACACCCCCCCCCCCCCCCCCCCCCUCCGCCACCCCCCCACCACCCGCCAAUAGAAGGACAGCGUUAUGAAUUAGGCUCCUGCCCAGUAGAGUUCCACCGUCCUGCACACUGUCAAAGCUCAUAAGCUGGAUUUUGUACUAGAAUUCACCUCUGACUUUUGUGACCUUCAGUUGCAGUUGUAUCAUCCUUAGGGAUUUUUUUAUAUUUGACUUCAUAAGGUUUUCGUUGUUUUGUUGUUGCUUGAAAUCUGUGGGUGACCGCAGCCCCAGACGUUUAGGUCUAGUUUUACAUAUAAGACUCUGUUCUCUUAUUAUUAUCAGUGCACUGUGAGCUUAAACGGACCCGCUUCUUCUAAGACUCUACUGUACCUGUAACACAACAGACCCUUUUGGAUGCAAUACUUUUGAACUGCGACAAUAAAAAGCGUUUCCUGAC